UGCCUCCGUCAACAUCAGUCGUAGUGAUGGUUCCUCCUGGAGGAGCUUCACCAGCCAGUAAUAUUAACAAAAGUGCUUAUUACCAAUAGUGCAACAAAAUAUUUUUAUAGUGCAAGAAUAAUAUAAUAUCAGUUUAAGAUUCCUUCAAUUUCUAUUGCUAAGUUAUAUCAACACACCAGGAAAACAUUAAACUUCAAGAAGAUGAUGAACGACGUAAAAGAAGGAACUCUUAAUUUACCACAAACUGCAAGUAAUAAUAUGUCCGGGAAGAACGAGGAAUCUUGUAGUUACUCUUUACAUGACAUGGAUAACAAUAAGAAGAAUGUAGAUGUUGAGGCUGAAUGUGUGGCCACCCCACAACACCCACCUGAGGGAGACUCACGUCAAAACAUUCUGCAGAAUGACACCAAGCCUGCCAUAGGCACCCAGGUGUUUGCAACACUGGUAAUGGCACUUAUGCAAGUAAAUACUGGCGCCCUACUGGCAUUCUCGGGCAUCACGCUGCCACAGCUCACUGACCCGCAGACAAACGACCUCUUCCUAAACCAGUCACAAACAGCCUUCUUUGGAAGCCUGGGAUACCUGGCAGCAGCUGUUGGGAGUUGUGUGAGUGGACCACUACUAGUGAAGCUUGGUCGUCGAGUGUCUCUCCUGGUGACCCUGCCCAUCACUGUGGCUUCAUGGCUCAGCCUCGCUCUUUCUCCAACUGUCUGGCUUCUUUUAACUAGUCGCGCCAUUCUGGGUAUUAUCGAUGGCAUCGUCUUUACCGCUACCUACCUAUAUACCAUCGAAAUUGCUCAUAACAACAUUCGUGGAAUUCUUUCUGGAAUCAUUUCCUUAGCUAGGUUAAUGGGACUUCUAAUGGUGUCUUCUUUAGGAGUUUCUAAGCUCGACUGGCGACAAAUGGGCUUCGUUUGUUGCGGAGUGUCUGCACUUCCUUUCUUUUGCCUCAUCUUACUGCCUAACUCUCCUCGUUGGCUCGUCACUCAGGAUCGUUUUACCGAAGCUCAGAAAGCUCUUCUUUUUUUGAGAGGUAAACAUUACGACUCUGGGCCAGAAUUUCAGGAAAUCAUUCAACAAAUUAGCACUGUAGAUAAGAAACUAGACAAGUCAUGGCAACAAGUGCGGCUGCUGUUUGAACCAUCAACUGCUCGCGUGUUCUUGUUAUUGACUGUUUUAACUCUCUUGACAAGUACUAGUGGGAGUUAUGUAAUAAUGUCCUAUUCAGUGCCCAUUUUCCAGACAGUGGACUCCACCCUUGAUCCAUACAUCAGUGCCAUCAUUUUUUACGUUGUGAGAGUUUUUGGAAAUUUAGUUCAUCUCUGUGUAAUUGAUCGUCUGGGACGCAAACUAUUGAUCAUAGUUUCUUUUUCUUUGUGCUCGGUGUGUAUGGCUACUUAUGGUGUAUACUUUUACAUACAUAAGACAGCAAAUGUUAGUGGUAUGGGAUGGAUACCUCUUACAGCAGCAAUGAUAUUUGUCUUCUUUUUCGGCAUUGGCCAACCUGCUAUAUUUAUAUUGAAUGGAGAACUUCUGCCUAUAACAUGUCGAUCUAUUGGAAAGCCAGUGUUAUCGCUUUCACUAAAUUGUGGAGCAUUUAUAUCAACUUAUAUCUAUCCCAUGACAGUAGAAGCACUUGGUGAACACGGGACUUUCUGGCUCUUUAGUGGUGCCAGUGCAUUGAUAACCUUUGUCAGCGCUGCUGCUCUUCCAGAGACUCGUGGACGCUCACUGGAAGAGAUCACGGGAAAUCACAUUAACAACUGGUACCAAAGAACAAGACUCUGAAUGUAACACUGUGAGGGAAAAGUUCAAUAGAUAGAAGUAGAGAUAUAGUAACGAUAGUUGCAUUACCGGCUACUAGUUAAGGUAGGGUAAGUCACGCUCCCGUUUUUCCCGCCUUUUCUCCCCCACCCAUAAAGUGAUAGUUUGAUUGCCGGCUGCUUGUUAACGUAGGGUCAAUCUAGCUCCGGCUAUCCCUUCCCCUCCCUCUUCCCCCCCCCCCCCCGAAAGGUGACGUGUGGGGCUCUGGUCAAACAGUAAAUCACUCGACUCACAGCUCCCAACACUACUGUAAGUACAU